AUGUUCACAAUCAAUGGCUCAGUCUUCAUGCCCCCUGUACUAACACUAAUUGGAAUCCCUGGCCUGGAGUCAGUACAGUGUUGGAUUGGGAUUCCAUUUUCUGUCAUGUACAUCAUUGCUGUGGUUGGGAAUUCCAUCAUCAUAGCUUUAAUCAAAUGUGAAAGCAGCCUCCAUAAACCCAUGUACAUAUUCUUGGCUAUGUUGGGGGCCACCGAUGUGGUCCUUAGCACUUGUAUUCUUCCCACAAUGCUAGGCAUUUUCUGGUUUCAUUUGCCAGAAAUUUAUUUUGAAGCCUGUCUUCUGCAAAUGUGGUUUAUUCAUUCAUUUCAGGCCAUUGAAUCCGGUGUCCUACUUGCAAUGGCCCUGGACCGUUACGUGGCCAUUUGUGACCCAUUGAGACAUUCCACCAUCUUCUCACAACAGCUACUGACUCAAAUAGGAGUUGGGGUGGCACUCAGGGCUGUCGUUCUUAUAGUGCCAUGCAUAGUGCUCAUCAAAUGUCGUCUUACACUGUACAAAACUACAAUUAUCUCUCACUCUUACUGUGAGCAUAUGGCCCUUGUGAAGCUUGCUGUGGAAGAUAUUCGAGUCAAUAAGAUGUAUGGCUUAUUUGUUGCCUUCAGCAUCCUAGGCUUUGACAUCAUCUUCAUCACCUUAUCCUACGUUCAGAUCUUCAUCACUGUCUUUCAACUGCCCCAGAAGGAGGCAAGACUCAAAGCCUUCAAUACAUGCAUUGCCCACAUUUGUGUCUUCCUUCAGUUCUACCUUCUUGCGUUCUUUUCUUUCUUCACGCAUCGGUUUGGUUCUCACAUACCACCUUAUGUUCACAUUCUUUUGUCAAACCUUUACCUGUUAGUCCCACCAUUUCUCAACCCUAUAGUGUAUGGGAUGAAGACAAAAGAAAUUCGUGACCAUGUCCUGAAAAUGUUUUCCUCGAAAAGCACUUCUGGAUAA